UGGGCGCGGCGGCGGGGCUAGGGCCCCGGGCAAUGGCCGCGGAGCUGGCGAUGGGCGCCGAGCUGCCCAGCAGCCCACUGGCCAUCGAGUACGUCAACGACUUCGACCUGAUGAAGUUCGAGGUAAAGAAGGAGCCGCCCGAGGCCGAGCGCUUUUGCCACCGCCUGCCGCACGGCUCGCUGUCCUCGACGCCCCUCAGCACACCCUGCUCCUCUGUGCCCUCCUCACCCAGCUUUUGCGCUCCCAGCCCAGGCACCAGCGGCUGCGGCUCGGGGGGCGGCAGCGGCGCGGCCCAAGCCGGGGGCGCCCCCGGGCCACCAAGCGGGGGCCCCGGAGCCGUCGGGGGCGCCUCGGGGAAGCCGGUGCUGGAGGAUCUGUACUGGAUGAGCGGCUACCAGCACCAUCUCAACCCCGAGGCGCUCCACCUGACGCCGGAGGACGCGGUGGAGGCUCUCAUCGGCAGCGGCCACCACGCCGGGCACCACGGAGCGCAACCCCCGGCGGCCGCCGUGGCCUACGAGGCCUUCCGGGGCCCAGGCUUCGCGGGCGGCGGCGGGGUCGGCAGCGCGGACGACCUGGGCGCGGGCCACCACCACAGCGCACAUCACCACCACGGUGCACACCACCACCACGGCACGCACCACCACCAUCACCAUGGCCACGGCGGCGCGGGCCACGGCCACCACCACGGCAGCGGCGGCGCCAGCCACCACGCGCGCCUGGAGGAGCGUUUUUCCGACGACCAGCUGGUGUCUAUGUCGGUGCGGGAGCUGAACCGGCAGCUCCGCGGCUUCAGCAAGGAGGAGGUGAUCCGGCUGAAGCAGAAGCGGCGCACGCUCAAGAACCGCGGCUACGCGCAGUCGUGCCGCUUCAAGCGCGUGCAGCAGCGGCACAUUCUGGAGAGCGAGAAAUGCCAGCUGCAGAGCCAGGUGGAGCAGCUGAAGCUGGAAGUGGGACGCCUGGCCAAGGAGCGGGACCUGUACAAGGAGAAAUACGAGAAGCUGGCCGGCAGGGGUGGCCCCGGGGGUACGGGCGGCGCCGGCUUCUCGCGGGAGUCCUCGCCGCCGCAGGCCGGGGCCAAGGGCGCGCCCGACUUCUUCCUGUGACCCGGCACAGGCUCGCGCGGGAGCUCAGAGGCCCGGCACUGCGCACCCCGCCGCCGGGGUUGCUCCCUGCACCGCCCGGCUCCGUGCACCUGCCUGGUCACUGUCCCGACGUCGUCGCUGCGGUCCUCCGGUGUCCGAGGAAGCCAAGCCAGGUCUAACUCACUGUCAAGCGUCCACUGUACAUAAGUCGAGCGCGGCCCUCCGUGCCGUCCCCUCCCAGGCACCCUCUGCCUGCCCUGCGCGUCUUUUCCGUUCUUUCUUUUCUGUCUCCUUUUCCUUGCUCCCGUUUUAUUCCUCCUCUCCCUUUAAAAAACGGUUUUAUUUUCAAAGCAUUUAUAUUUAUUUUGCUUGGUGAUUAGAAAAGAAAACCUUCCCCAACCGGUGCGCCCUCGAACGCCCGCGAGUCCCCGCAUGCGUCGCUCGAUCGGCCCCGGCCCCUGCCUGUCCUAGCGCCCGCUUGCCCCCUGCCCUGCCCGGCGUUCCCAGAGGCAGGAGCACGGGUUCGUUCCCUGCUCUGUUCGGUCCUGGGCCUGCUGCCCUGCUGUACUCGACGGGGGUGGGGGGUGGGGGGAAGGGGUCGCCUUGGUCAGCGGGUGAGGGCUGGCCCGGACUCCCGCGCUGCCAUUUCUCUAUGCACCAGAUCGUAUUUAUGACUCCUAGGGAAAUAUAUCUUAUUUUAACCUUGAAGAGAAGUGAAAUUUAAAAAGUAAUGCACUGUAUUUCUAAAAGAAAUUUAAAGAGGAGGCUUAGGCCUGAACCUCCUGGCAUGGGUGGGUGGAGAAAGUGUUUUUAUUUUAAUUUAAAUUGUGUUUCGUUUUGUUUGUGGAAUUUUUUUAAAGCUUGGUCUCUUUUUGGAUUAGCUGGAGAUGGGCACAGGGGGCAACCCCUUUAAGCUCCGUGAGGCCCUGCUAGGUGGAGGCCCUGAUUUUCUGAGGCCCCUGCCGUUCUAGGACUACAGCUUUCCUUCCACCAUCCUGCCUGGCCUUCCAAGCAGGACAGGCCAACUCGUUGAAAGUUUUGUUGUGUUGUUGGUUCUUGUUGAAUUCUUUUUUCAUUUGCUACAAAACUGAGGAAAGAAAAAAACACACAAAAUAAAUCUGGUUAGAUCCAAAAGUUA